UCCUUUCCUGGAUCAAGUCUGACCCACGUCGCUAUCGGCCAUUCGUUGCGUUCCGUAUCAGCGAGAUAUUGACUAUGUCAACGGUUACAGAAUGGCGAUGGGUCCCCACUAAACUCAACGUCGCUGACGAGGCCACCAAAUGGGGACGAGGUCCAUCGUUCGAACCAGAUAGCCGUAUCAUGAUUGGACCUUUGUUCUUGUGUGAUGAUCAGCAAGAGUGGCCGAAGGAUUGCAGAACGACGAAAGAGACGAAGGAGUCGGAGGAAGAACUUAGACCAGCAUAUGUUCUUAGUCAUUUUAUAGCGAAACCGUUGCUGAAUCUGGAAAAUUUUUCGAGAUGGGAACGUUUACCGCGGAGUGUUGCGUAUAUUCACCGUUUUGUUUUCAACUUGAAACAAGGUUGCAACAAGAGACCAGUCGAGAAAGGAGCACUUACGACAGCCGAGUUGCAGAAAGCAGAGCGUACUCUUUGGACGUUAGUACAAUCAGACAAAUACCCGGACGAAGUUUCGACGUUAAAGCACAACGCUCAAGCCGACAAAUCCGAGAUGAAACGUUUGGAGAAGACAAGUCCACUUAUGAAGCUGACGCCGGUAAUGGACGAAUACGGGAUACUUCGCGUGGAUAGUCGUGUCGUUAAUAGUGACUUCCUAACAUACGAUGCCAAAUAUCCGAUAAUCCUAGCCAAACAACAUGCCAUCACUGACUUGUUACUAGAGUGGUAUCAUCGCAGAUUUCGUCAUGCGAACAACGAAACCAUCGUGAACGAAGUUCGUCAGAGAUUUUACGUGCCCGGCUUAAGAGUACAGAUUCGUUUAACGAAAAAACGAUGUAUGUGGUGCCAGGUAAACAAUGCCGCCCCUGUACCACCCAAAAUGGGACCUUUGCCGCUAGCUAGAUUGACACCGUUCAGAAGGGCGUUUACGUAUACAGGCAUUGACUACUUCGGGCCAUACUUGGUCAAGGUUGGACGGUCUGUGGUGAAAAGGUGGGUCGCACUGUUCACUUGCCUGGCAACGCGGGCUAUUCACCUGGAAAUGGCGAAUGAUCUAUCAACCGACUCAUGCAAGAAGGCGAUACGAAGAUUCAUCGCACGCAGAGGGGCCCCAGUGGAGAUUUUUUCGGAUCGCGGAACCAACUUUAUCGGUGCUAACCGAGAAUUGAUUGCGGAGAUUAACAAAAUCAACACCGAACUCUGCAGCACCUUUACAGACCACAACACACAGUGGAGAUUUAACCCGCCGGCUGCUCCUCACAUGGGGGGCUGUUGGGAAAGAAUGGUUCGUUCGGUUAAGGUCGCUUUGGGUGCAUUGCCAUUUGAACGGAAGCUCGAUGAAGAAGCAUUGGCAACACUACUAGCUGAAGCCGAGUGCAUGAUCAAUUCACGCCCAUUGACCUUCGUUCCCAUCGCGAGCGAUACUCAUGAAUCACUGACGCCAAAUCAUUUUGUGAUGUUGAACUCAACUGGGGUAAAACAGCCAGAGAAGACACCUGUGGACGAGGGCAUGGCACUGAGGGGGAGUUGGAAUCAAAUCCAACAUACACUGGACAUUUUUUGGCGGCGCUGGUUGAGGGAGUACCAGCCUAUGAUAGCUAGACGAACCAAAUGGUUUAAUGACGUUCGUCCGAUCAGAGAGGGCGACUUGGUGGUGUUCGCGAAUGAGGGAGUGAGAAACCGUUGGCUUAGAGGUCGAGUGGUAAAGACUUAUCCGGGUAGAGACGGCACACCACGUCGGGCUGACGUGCGCGAUUCUGACGGUACGGUGAGGCGUGAUCGACCUGUAGCUAAACUGGCCUUGCUGGAUGUCCGUACCGGAGGUGACGUUGAACCGGAAGUUCUAGCGACACGUGGGGGAGGAUGUUGCGGAUAAAUACCCCUCGUACGCCAAUCGGACUGAGCCAAAGUGGUUGUUAUACCAGUUGCGUCGCAUCUGACUAUCCAUCUCUGGUGAAGUAAACGACUAACAGGAAAGUAGAUCAGAAAAUCAGUUUUUUUGUAACCCUCUGAAGAGUCAGGAGCACAUUAAUCAAAAAAUAUUUAUAUACACACCAUAAUUUACAUUUAUUCUGUUACAAUUGCGAAUUAAAUAAUCGGAAACCAAAUUCUUGAGCAGAUUCAAGCGGA